GGCAACGUAACUUCGCGAUAAUGCGUCCCCGAAGCUCCUCCUGAGGAAAGGAGGGAGGGAAGCGGAGGAAUCCGGAGGCGAAGCGGGAUGCCGAGCAGCCGGUCGGAGGUCGAAGCCGAGGAAGAAAUACGAGCCUUGGAAGAGAUGAGUUCCUUCACGAAGCAUUGGACCUGAUCUGCUUUCAAGGAGACGGAGUCCUCGGAGAUGAGGAGAAGAGAGAAUCUCCCUCGGAUCCGGAGUCGUGUCGCUGGGUUCUCCACCCAAAGGUGGUGAUAUAAGGUCCGCACUUGGCAUUCUGCACAUGGCUGAUCCGGAAGGCCUCGCCGACGGCAUGGAAACCUCCGCCGUGACAUCCAAUGCGGCGUCCAGCCCCAUCACCUUCUCACAGGUGUUUGGACACCAGUGUCAACUUCUGGAAGCAGCCGUCCAGUCCCUGCACACCUUGAACGACCAGAUCUCGGACUUCGUGGUGGACAAGGCCACGGUGCUGAGCGAGGACGAGGGCCACGCGUUCCCGCCCGGCGAGAAGGACACCCUCAAAAACUCCAUGUCGCUCAUGAGGGACCUCUUGACCGACGCCCAGGCCAAGAUCCUGCGGAUGAUGGAAGGCAACCAGGCGCUGGCCCUGCGCAUGGACUGCGCGCUCCAGGCGGCCGGGCAGGAGGUCAGCGCGCUCCGGGCCGAGCUCAGCGCCACCAGCCGACGCCUGGCCGAGCUCUCCAGCGCCGCCUCGCCGCCCUCGCCCCCGCCGCCACCGCCCGGGUCGGGCACCGGCAGCCCCGCCGCCACCACGGACGCCACCAUGGCCGACCCCCAGCAGCCCAGCCUCCAAGCGCUGCUCCGCGAGGAGGUCUCCCAGUUGCAAGAGGAAGUGCACGUGUUGCGGCAGGUGAAGGAGGCGCUGGCCAAGGACCUGGAGGACGGGCACCCCGGGAAGGCCACCGAGGUCCUCUCGGCCACCGAGCUCAAGGUCCAGCUGGCCCAGAAGGAGGCCGACCUCAACCGGGCCAAGGAAGCCCUGCAAGCCAUGAAAGCCGACCGGAAACGCUUGAAGGGCGAGAAGACGGACCUGGUGAGCCAAAUGCAGCAGCUCUAUGCCACGCUGGAGAGCCGCGAGGAGCAGCUACGCGACUUUAUCCGGAACUACGAGCAACACAGAAAAGAGAGCGAGGACGUGGUCAAGGCGCUGGCGAAGGAGAAGGAUCUGCUGGAGAGGGAGAAGUGGGAGCUGCGGCGCCAGGCCAAGGAGGCCACGGACCACGCCAGCGCCCUGCGCUCCCAGCUGGACCUGAAGGACAACCGCAUGAAGGAGCUGGAGGCCGAAUUGGCCAUGGCGAAGCAGUCUCUGGCCACGCUGACGAAGGACGUGCCCAAGCGGCACUCGCUGGCCAUGCCGGGCGAGACGGUGCUGAACGGCAACCAGGAGUGGGUCAUGCAGGCCGACCUCCCGCUCACGGCCGCCAUCCGGCAGAGCCAGCAGACCCUCUACCACGGCCACCCCCAGCACACGGUCGACCGGCAAGGGGUGCGUGUGAGCCCGUGCCACUCGCGCCAGCCCUCGGUCAUCUCGGACGCCUCGGCGGCGGAAGGCGACCGCUCCUCCACGCCCAGCGACAUCAACUCCCCACGACACCGAACGCACUCGCUCUGCAAUGGGGAUAGUCCUGGACCGGUACAGAAAAACUUGCACAACCCAAUUGUCCAGUCUCUAGAGGACCUGGAGGACCAGAAGCGGAAGAAGAAGAAGGAGAAGAUGGGCUUUGGCUCCAUCUCGAGGGUCUUUGCCCGGGGGAAGCAGCGCAAGUCCCUGGACCCGGGCCUCUUUGACGGCACCGCCCCCGACUACUACAUCGAGGAGGACGCCGACUGGUGACGGACUGCCUUCCCCCCCCCCUCCGGACCCCUCCGGAAGGCCCUUUCAGCCCCCUCCCCUCUGCUUCUGCGUGCGUUUGAGGGCCAACCCCCCCGGCGGAUUGUGAGCCUCCCCCUCUCUCUUCCUCUCUCUCUUCCUCUUCCUCUUCCUCUCUCUCUGCAUUGCCUCUUCGCUGUACAUAACCCCCCAAAAGAGAGGGAAGAACAACCCUCAAACCCUGUAUGUGGAAACCCCUUCUAACUGUUGUCUAUGGAGCGAUGCCGAGUCCGUUGUCGUUGUAACUUUGUUCUUUUCCUCCUUUCAUUUCGUUCCUUUCUCUCUCUCUUUUUGUUCCUCCUCUCCGGGUGCAUCCGCACGCAGCGGAAUUUAAUCCGGUUCGACAGCGCUUUAACUGCGGUGGCAUCCUGGGAGCGGUAGCCACUAUUAUUAUUAUUUUAAGCAGUACCUAUUUAUCUACUCACAGUUUGGCUUUCGGACCACUAAGUAGACGGAAGCUGGGUUACAGGUCGGGAGCUCACCCCGACCUGGGUUUCAAACCUCUGGAUUGAUUGAAUUUACUGCAGCUGGUGGCCUGGGAUGCUAUGAUAUCUUUAUCAUGGAAUAUAGUGUUAUCUGUCCUAGCUGGAUGGCUAUCUGUCAGGAGGGCUUUGAUGGUGUCUUCCUUGCAAUGGUAGAAUAAGGUUGGACUCGAUGCAUUAUGCAUUAGUCAAGCCAAUGGAUAAUUCAACCCCAUGUAUCAGUCAACCUGAUGGGUAAUUCAACCCUAUUGUGUCCAUCAACUCCAUGCAUCAGUCGGUCUGAUAGGUCAAUCAAUCCCAUAUGUCAAUCGACCCAAUGUGUUAGUCAACUCAAUGGGUCAUUCAACCCCAUGCGUCAGUCGACCUGAUGGGUCAUUCAACCUCAUAUGUCAGUCAAUCUCAUGCGUCAGUCGACCCUAUGUGUCAGUCAACUUGAUGGGUCAGUCGACCCCAUGCGUCAGUCGACCUGGUGGGUCAUUCAACCCCAUAUGUCAGUCGACCCCAUGCGUCAGUCGACCUGGUGGGUCAUUCAACCCCAUAUGUCAGUCGACCCCAUGCGUCAGUCGACUUCAUGUGUCAGUCGACCUGGUGGGUCAUUCAACCCCGUAUGUCCAUCAACCCUAUGUGUCAGUCGAUCCCAUAUGUUAGUCGACCUGAUGGGUCAUUCAAUCCCAUAUGUCAGUCGACCCCAUGUGUCAGUCAACUCAAUGGGUCAUUCGUGUCAGUCGGCCCCAUGCAUCAGUCAACCCCAUGCGUCAGUCGACCCCAUGCAUUGACUGGUGGCCCCUGCCAACUCGAAGAUGCUAUGAUAGAUCUAUCAUGGAGUAUUGUAUUGUCUAUCCUAGCUAUGGCUGGGUGGCCAUCUGUUGGGAGGGCUUUGGUGGCGCCUUCCUUGCAAUGUCAGAAUAAGGUUGGACUAGAUGGCCCUUGGGGACCCCUUCCCACUCUAGGAUGCUAUAACUUACUCCCAUGUGCAGUUAAAGCGGGUGUCGAACGAGCAUUAUAUUCCCUCUGUGCGGACGCACCCUUUGGCCUCCCUCCCUUCCUUUCUUCCUUCCUUCCGCUCUUGAUCUCUCUUUUUCGACAAAACUUGAAAAAUCAAACUUGAAGGACCGCUGGUGUGUUUUGUAAAUAGGCAAAAGGAUCAUGUUGACGACGACGAUGACGAUGGAUGAUUAAUUGUGCACUGUGUUCUUCUCGUACAGCAAAAACACUCUCCUUUCUUCUCCCCUUCCCCCACCCCCGUCUACACCCAAUUUAUCGGUGCGGUGUGACACCACUUUGGCCUUGCGGAACUACAACUCCCACCCGCCCGCGUGUCGGUGCCCCCAACAGCCCUCCCCCUGGACGCGGCCUCAAAGGGAGAAGGGGGAUCCGGAAUGUUUCUCCCCGUUGCGUUGCCACGCGGCCGAAUGUAGACACGGACCCCCCCCCCCCCCAAAAUCCGUUUGCCCCCAAAGCCAUGGAACGAAUCCCGCCCCCCCUCGGCCAAAUGAGCAACCAAAGGGACCCCGAAUCCGGAGAGAUUUAUUUUUUCGAGUUGGGUAUAUACGCCGUUCGGUAUUCACAAUGUCUUAAGCAGACCGUUUCCCUGUUUCCUUUUUUACACCUUGACUCACCCGACGACUGUAGGGACUCAUGUAUAAGUCGACCUCGUGCUUAGAAGACGGCCCCUUGUGUACGUUUACAUGACACAUCAGUCGACCCUAUGUGUCAGUCAACCCCAUGUGUCAUUCAACCCUAUGUGUCAGUCAACCCCAUGCGUCAGUCGACUCCAUGUGUCAGUCGGCCCCAUGUGUCGUUCAACCCCAUGUGUCAGUCAACCCCAUGCGUCAAAUCAACCCCAUGCGUCAAUCAACCCCAUGCGUCAGUCGGCCCCAUGUGUCAUUCAAUCCCAUGUGUCAGUCGACCCAAUGGGAAAUUCAACCCCAUGUGUCAGUCAUUCCCUUGCAUCAGUCGACCCAAUGGGAAAUUCAACCCCAUGUGUCAGUCUUUCUCUUGCAUCAGUCGACCCAAUGGGAAAUUCAAUCCCAUGUGUCAGUCAUUCCCUUGCAUCAGUCGACCCAAUGGGAAAUUCAAUCCCAUGUGUCAGUCGGCUCCAGGCAUCAGUCAGCCAUGCGUCAGUUGACUUGAUCCGUCAUUCAACUCCGUGCUCCAGUUGACUCGAUGCAUCAGUCAACUUCAUGCGUCAGUCGACCCGAUGGGUAAUUCAACCCCAUGCAUCAGUCGACCUGAUGUGUCAUUCAAGCCUGUGCAACAGUCCACCCCAUGCAUCAGACAACGCAAUGCGUCAGUCGACCUAAUGUGUCAGUUGACCCAAUGGGUCAUUUAAUCCCAUACAACAGUCAAACCCAUGUGUCAGUCAGCCUCAUGCAUCAGUCGACCUGAUGGGUCAUUCAACCCUAUACAACAGUCGAACCCAUGCGUCAGUCAACCCAAUACGUUAGUCAACCCGAUGUGUCAGUCAGCCUCAUGCAUCAGUCGACCUGAUGGGUCAUUCAACCCUAUACAACAGUCGAACCCAUGCGUCAGUCAACCCAAUACGUUAGUCAACACGAUGUGUCAGUCAGCCUCAUGCAUCAGUCGACCUGAUGGGUCAUUCAACCCUAUACAACAGUCGAACCCAUGUGUCAGUCAACCCAAUGCGUUAGUCAACCCGAUGUGUCAGUCAACCUCAUGCAUCAGUCGACCUGAUGGGUCAUUCAACCCCAUACAGCAGUCGAACCCAUGCGUCAGUCAACCCAAUGUGUUAGUCAACCUGAUGUGUCAGUCAACCCAAUGUGUCAGUCGACCUGAUGGGUCAUUCAACCCCAUACAACAGUCGAACCCAUGUGUUAGUCAACCCAAUGUGUCAGUCAGCCUCAUGCAUCAGUCGACCUGAUGGGUCAUUCAACCCCAUAUUACGGUCGAACACAUGUGUCAGUCAACCCAAUGCAUUAGUCAACCGAAUGUGUCAUUCAACCUCAUGCAUCAGUCGACCCCAUGCAUCAGUCGACACAGUGGGUCAUUCAACCUCAUGCAACAGUCAAACUCAUGCGUCAGUCAACCCAAUGAAUUAGUCAACCCAAUGGGUAAUUCAACCCCAUGCGUCAGUUGAUCCGAUGGGUUAUUCAACCCCAUGUGUCAACCGACCCCAUAUACAAUCUCACUUACAUGUCACCCUUACGUCAACGUCAUAUGUGAGUCGGCCCAGUGGGUAAGCCUAGACUUAUAUAUGAGUGUGUACAGUAUGUCUCCACGGUGCAUCUACACAGUUGAAUUAAUGCAGUUUGACACCGCUUUGAACUGCUACGGGGACCCAUUUGAAGCCCUAUUGAAACUCUUUUAUUUUGGGGGGACUCAGAACCCUAUGGACGUGUCGUCUUCCUUAUGUUGUUGUUGUUUCUUUUUUCGUUGUUGUUUCAGUCCGGAAGAAUCCCGCCACCCUCCUCCCUCCUUUCCGCUCCCCUGUUUGUUUCGUAUUUUUUAAUUUAUUUGCACACACACACAAAAAAGAGAAAAUUACAGAAGAUGUAUUCUAACUAAAUUAUUAUUAUUACUGUAUUGCAUAAAAAGAUCGGGAUUUAUAUUUUUCCACGUCGGGAGGGAGGGAGGGGGGGCGCUCGGGACGCUCGGCUGCCAUUGAGAAUCUUAUUAUUCCUUCCUUUCUGAGUUGUAUGCAUUGCGACGGGACCCCCGAAAUUUCCCAAUUUUUGCAUUGCAAUGGGACCCCCAAAAUGGCCUUGUAUUUGCAUUGCAAUGGGACCCCCAAAAUUUCCCAAAUUUUGCAUUGCAAUAGGACACCCAAAAUGGCCCUAUAUUUGCAUUGCAAUGAGACCCCCAAAAUUCCCCAAUAUUUGCAUUGCAAUGGGAUCCCCAAAAUGGCCCUGUAUUUGCAUUGCAAUGGGACCCCCAAAAUUCCUAAAUAUUUGCAUUGCAAUGAGACCCCCAAAUUCCCCCAUAUUUACAUUGCAAUGAGACCCCCAAAAUUCCCCUAUAUUUUCAUUGAGACGAGACCCCCAAAAUUUCCCAAUUUUUGCAUUGCAAUGAGACCCCCAAAAUGGCCCUAUAUUUGCAUUGCAACGAGACCCCAAAAUGGCCCUAUAUUUGCAUUGAGACGAGACCCCCAAAAUGGUCCUGUAUUUGCAUUGCAAUGAGACCGCCAAAAUUUCCCAAUUUUUGCAUUGCAAUGGGACCCCCAAAUAUGCCCCUAUAUUUGCAUUGCAAUGAGACCCCCAAAAUGCAAUGCAGUGGGACCCCAAAAUUAAUCUAUAGGGCUAUUUGGGUUCCAAUGGGACCCCCCAAAGCCCCCCAAUAUUUGCAUUUCCCCCUGUCCUUCCCUCCAAGUUGAAGCAGCUCAGUUCCUGGAAUACGUUGUUGAGUCCGAUUAUUAUUUUGUAUUAUUAUUUUGUAUUAUUAUUAAUUAAUUAUUGUUUCCACUCUCUUCGUCUCUCUCACAUCUCUUUUUAUUUUUGUUUCAUUUGUAAAUUAGGAAAUAAUUAUUUUAUUUAAAAUUAAAAGAGAACUUAACCAAUUAAAAAACACACACACAGAAAUAGCUGACGGCUGAUGGAUCGUAUUAACCUUUAGGUUUAACUACAAAAGGGAAAAAUAGACAAAAAACAAAACAAUUCCUCGACGGCAUGGAUGCAAAUGUGAAAAUAUUACAAAAAAUAAUGAUGAUAAUUACACACACGACUAAAUAAAGCUUAUUUUAAAGUA